UUGGGAGAGAACAAUUCACAUGCUACACUGUACAUUAAGAGUUUGUUUUGAUGACAUUUCAGAUAAUUGCUCGGGCAAAUGAUGGAGGAGGAGACUACACCGUGUCGAUAGCUAUCUCACACAACCUCUGUGACUCUUUCCACACUGUCUCAGUGUACAAACAGAAAAACUCCAUCAAGCUGGAACUAGACUUUAAAUCCAGACAUGUCAGAGGACCUUUGGCAGCCUCCUACUCCAGCUCCCUGGACUCCUUGUAUUUUGGGGGCAUACCGGGGGACCUCCAGGCUCAGCACGUCCCAGUGAGGCGGUCUUAUGUGGGCUGUCUUCGGGACGUGCGGCUGAACGGAGAAGACGUCUCGCUUGGGUCCCUCUACACGCCACACGGCCCAGUGAGCCUGCAGGGGUGCCCUGUAAACUAAGGCCAUCUGUGUGACCCCAAGAUAUCCAGCUCCGCCAUUUAGACUGAGAAACAUCCUUGAUCCAUAUAUAUGCACACACACACACACAACCUCUCUGCUACACACACAUUUAGACUGAGAAACAUCCUUGAUUCAUGUAUAUGCACACACACACACACACACACACACACACACACACAACCUCUCUGCUACACAAACAUUUAGACUGAGAAACAUCCUUGAUCCAUAUAUAUGCAUGCAACUGAC